GAAGCGGUCUGAGGUGACAGUACGCGGAGUGACCUCUGGUUCCGGGAUUGGAACUACGGAUCCUGCGGAGGGUGAGUCUGACUGUCGCUUCGGCCCAACAUGGAUCACUCCCACCACACGGUAACUACCAGCGACCCCCACGGGGGCCACCACCACCCAACCACAUCCGGGAACCACGGCGACCACGGGGGCAGCAUGCACAUGAUGCAAAUGACCUUUUACUUUGGAUACGAGAAUGUGGAGGUGCUGUUCACCUUCAUUAACUCUGCAGGAG